AUGCAUUUGGUCCAAUGUUUCAAUCCAGAAACUUGUAGCAUCGAAUUUAGGAGGGGCCUAAUUGUUCAUAUUACUGAAGAAGAUGUUGCAAGAGUUUUAGGGAUGCCAAUAGGGGACACACCCGUGCCUACGGAAUGCCUUGAAUUACACAAAACAAAAAUUGAAGAGGACUUUAAGGGAGGUUUUAAAGGGAUUGAAAUCGUGAAAUUGGAAAAUGUGAUUAAGGAAGGCGAUACUGAUGGGAAGUUUCAUAGGGCUUACAUGCUAUUUACAUUGGGAUGCUUGUUGUGCCCCACCACAAAGGAAGUUGCGAGGAAUAGAUUGUUCCCUGGGGUGAUUGCCGACGACCUUGAAACCUUAAAGACGUAUAAGUGGCCGGCCUUUGUGUUGGAUUGGUUGGUGAACAAGAUUCGAAAUUAUAAGGUUCAGGUAACCAAAGGUCGUGGACGGAAGGGGGAAGGAGUUGGUGGUAGUCUGUUCCUUUUUAUGGUCAUAUAUUUUGACUUACAUCCGCUGGAUGUUGAAAUUGGGAAGGAACCUGAGCCUCCUAUUGGCUUAUGGACAAAGGAAUUGAUCGAUAUUCGCAUUUCCAAAGAGGCGGACGACAAGCCAUUUGAGGAUUAUUUUUUUUCUCAGUUCCCUCCCCAUAAUUUGAAAAAUCAGAUCUGCAUUGAUAUGUACAAAGAUUUCAUGCGUCAAUUUAUGAAUAACUUAAAAAGGUUGCAUGAAAUGGAUGCUGCUAUGGGUGAGCCUGUCGUUGGAAGCCCUGUUCUUCGAAGCCCUCAAGAUGGUCUACGGGCAGAACCUGUAGAAGAUGAAGGCCAUUCACCACAAUUUAGGGAUCAGAUUCAUAAGGGGGACGAGGGGGAUCAUAUUAAGGAGCAGAGGGAUCAGAUUCAUAAAGGGGAGGAGGGGGAUCAUAUUAAGGAGAAGGGGGAUGAGAUUGAGGAGGAAGGGGAGGUGGGGGGGACAUCCAAAAUCAUGGAUGGGUCGGCGUCCUGUAAGCGAAAGCAGGAAGCGGUGGCGAUCUCAACUGAUCCCACAAAGAGAAAACGUCGAAGAAACGUGAAGCCGAGCCCAUCUAUUAAAUCUCCUUUUGUUGCACAACCCUUUGUCAAGACAACAAAAUUAAAGGAAGAAGAAGAAUCAGUCAUUAACUAUCUUAUUAGGGGACCGACAAAUGAUUUAAGGGAGGUGUUGAUCCGUAUUGAAGGGGCAAAGUGGCCUUUUACUCGCAAGGAAGUUGCUCAAUCGUUUAAACCGAGGGGCCUUGUGUGUAAUAUGGUUAUGUACACUUUUACGGAUUGGCGAAUGCUGAAGGAAAGAGCCCAUGCGACCAAGGCUCAUCCAUCACGUCACAUUUUCUCUCCAGCCUUUGCGUCCAAUCUACUUGCAACUGAAAGUGACAACUACAGCAAUGUAUUGCGGGAUGGUUGCGACCCUGAUAAACUAGGUUAUGACGUGUUAAAAUGUGACAUGGGGGAUGAAAACAAUUGA